AUGAGCGUCAGUGCUCGGUCGGCCAGCACGCGCGUCGACGCGAGUUCCACGCGCUUUUACAAAAUGGCGCGGACUUUUAUUUAUAUACACUUUCUAACAUUUAUGGCGAUAACAUCGGCGCAGGAUUACUACCACACACCCAGGAUAGGCUCGCAGAAACUCGCUUCGUGCUACAAUAAUGACGGACAGCCGCAAAGAUGUAUCCCGGAAUUCGAAAAUGCAGCUUUUGUGGUCCAAAUGGAAGCGACGAACACAUGUGGCGACAAUGGUGUCAAGAUGUACUGUAUACAGACAUCGGCUGGGACGUCCUCGAGGUCCUGCGAUUAUUGUCAGCCGGGCCAAUUCUCAAGUUACUACCUCACAGACCUGCAUUACGAACAGGAUAACCAGACUUGGUGGCAGUCGGAAACCAUGAAGGAAGGCAUCCAGUACCCCAAUCAAGUGAACUUAACGUUGCAUUUAGGAAAGGCAUACGAUAUUACCUAUGUAAGGAUAGUAUUCUACUCACCUCGGCCACAAAGUUUCGCUAUUUAUAAAAAGCCAAGUGAAGACUCUGUUUGGGAACCAUAUCAAUACUUCAGCGCAUCGUGCCGUGAUACUUACGGUGUCUUGGAGCAACGUGCUGCAGAAAUGGGAGCGGAGACGAGGGCUCUCUGCACCAGCGAGUAUUCUGACAUUUCACCGCUGUCUGGUGGAAACGUUCUUUUUUCCACUCUCGAAGGCAGACCGUCAGCUUAUACGUUUGAUAGCAGUCCCGAACUUCAGGAAUGGGUGACAGCGACCGACUUGCGGAUAUCCUUGGACCGUCUUAACACGUUCGGUGACGAGAUCUUUGGGGACACACAAGUCUUACAAUCUUAUUGGUACGCGAUAGCUGAUGUGGCGGUUGGUGCGCGCUGCAAGUGUAACGGUCAUGCCUCUAUAUGUGACACGCAUGAGUUGCCUGAUGGAAGCCGAGCGAGAUACUGCAGAUGUGAGCACAACACGGCUGGACGUGAAUGCGAAAAGUGUUUGGACUUUUACAACGACGCACCUUGGGGCCGCGCGUCACCCACCAACGUCCACGAAUGCAAAGCCUGCAAUUGCAACGGAUUCUCAAACAAAUGUUACUUCGACAAGGACUUGUACGAGAGGACUGGGCACGGUGGUCACUGCAUUGAUUGUGCCGAAAACAGAGAUGGCGCUAACUGUGAACGUUGCAAGGAAAACUAUUUCCAAGGGACAGAAGAUAUCUGUAUGCCGUGUAAUUGUAACCCUAUAGGUUCCCGAAGCUUGCAGUGUAACGCAGCGGGCAAAUGCCAAUGUAAGCCGGGUGUGACCGGGGAGAAGUGUGACAUUUGCGCACCAAACCACUAUGACUUCACGAACCAAGGCUGCAAACCGUGUGGAUGUAAUGAAUCGGGUUCAUACGGGAAUGCUCCCCAGUGCGACCCAAUAACUGGUGUAUGUUUGUGCAAACAGAACGUCGAAGGAAGGCAAUGUCGAGAAUGUAAACCUGGAUACUUCAAUUUGGAUCUUGAAAAUGAAUUCGGUUGCACGCCGUGUUUCUGUUUUGGGCACUCUUCGCAGUGUAGUUCUGCGCCUAAGUAUCAAGCGCACGAACUGAGCGCUCACUUUAUUAGAGACGCCGAGAAAUGGUCCGCAGAAACCAGUGAAAGACAGACAGUCCCACUUCAAUUUAACGCAAACACACAGAAUAUAGCGGUGACAUCAAAGGGCGCCGAAAUCAUUUACUUCGUCGCAUCGAAUCAAUUUCUGGGCGAUCAACGGCCGUCGUACAACCAUGACCUCAAAUUCACGCUACGGUUGGGUGAAAGUAGGGGUUACCCGUCGUCACAAGAUAUUAUACUAGAGGGCGCUCAUAGCUCUAUAUCGGUCAACAUUUACAACCAAAAUAACCCCGAACCAGCUGAUCAGGAUCGAGAGUACAAAUUCAGACUGCACGAGGACCCGAGAUACGGCUGGACUCCAACCCUCACCAACUUCGAGUUCAUGUCGAUUCUACAAAAUCUAACUGCCAUCAAAAUUAGGGGGACAUACAAUAAGGGGGGACAAGGUUACCUCAUGAAUUUCAAACUGACGACUGCUAAGAUUGGCCGCGAGAAGGGGUCUGCUCCAGCCAAUUGGGUCGAGAAGUGUUCAUGUCCGAAGGCGUAUGUUGGUGACUAUUGUGAGGAGUGUGCGCCUGGAUUCAAACAUGAACCAGCUAACGGAGGGCCCUAUUCGACCUGUAUACCAUGCGAUUGUAAUGGCCACGCUCAUAUUUGUGAUACCGCGACAGGUUUCUGUAUUUGCAAACACAAUACAACGGGAAGCAAUUGUGAACUAUGCGCUAAAGGAUUUUAUGGUAACGCAAUAGCCGGUACACCAGAUGACUGCAAGCCUUGUCCGUGUCCAAAGGACAGUGGAUGCAUUCAGUUGAUGGACCAAAGUAUCGUCUGUACUGACUGUCCCGUUGGAUAUGCUGGCCCACGCUGUGAAGUCUGUGCUGAUGGACAUUUUGGCGAUCCAACUGGCCAGUUUGGGCCUGCCAUGGAAUGCCAAGAGUGUCAAUGUAAUGGCAACGUAGAUCCCAACGCUGUUGGUAACUGCAACAGGACAUCGGGGGAGUGUCUCAAGUGUAUAUAUAAUACUGCAGGAGAACAUUGUGACAAGUGCUUAAGCGGUUAUUAUGGAGAUGCCCUCGAUCAAAAGGAAAAAGGUGAUUGCAAGCCGUGUGAGUGUCACGAAGCGGGCACGUUGGAGAGUCCUGAAGGUCCACCUCAAUGCGACGGCUUGACUGGCUUCUGUUCUUGUCGGUCUCAUGUUAUUGGCAGGAAUUGUGAUAAAUGUGAAGACGGCUACUACAACAUAAACUCUGGCGAAGGUUGCAAAGCCUGCGAUUGUAAUCUCGAAGGUUCUUUCAACUCAUCGUGCGAUGCAGUCACAGGUCAAUGUUACUGCAAACCUGGUAUUGAUGGGAUACACUGCGACCGUUGUCUUGCUUACCACUACGGUUUCUCAAUAGAGGGCUGCCGCGACUGUGAUUGUGACGAAUGGGGUUCGACUGAUUAUCAGUGCGACAAAUUCGGUCAGUGCUCCUGUCAGGAAAACGUGGAAGGUCGCAGAUGUGACAGGUGUAUGGAAAACAAACGUCGUCGUGCAGAUGGUCAAGGUUGCGAAGACUGCCCCCCUUGCUACAACCUCGUGCAAGAUGCCGUUAAUCAUCACAGAAAACAACUGAAAGAACUUGAUGACAUCUUAGCCAAAAUUUCAAAAGCACCAACCGUGGUUGAAAAUGCCGAUUUCGAUAAGGAAUUACAACGUGUACGAGGUGAAAUUGAUAGACUUGUCGCUGAAGCUCAAGCUGAAAUUGGAAAUGGAUCUGGAUCUAGCUUAACAAGCAAUUUGGCAGAACUUGCUGAUCGUCUUUCAGAUGUCCGGAACAUGCUUUACAAAAUUGAAGACGAAAGUUAUGAGGGUAACGAUUCAGUAGAAAGAAGUAAAGGUAAUGUUUCAAAAGCUGAAGAUACGAUUGAAGCAGCACAGAAAGAAAUCAAUAGUGCAAUGGAAUAUUUGGACGGUGAAGGAGCAGCAGCGUUAGCGAAAGCCAGGAACAGAUCUGAACAAUUUGGAAAGCAGUCGGUAGAUAUGUCAGCUCUAGCUAAGGAAUCCCGAUUGUUAGCUGAAAAAUUGGAGAACGAAGCAAAGAACAUCAAAGAUAUAGCAGAAAAGGCGUUCAAUACGUCUAUUGCAGCGAAUCAAAUAGCAAAGGAUGGUAUCACUAAACAGGCUAAUAUCAGCAAUGAAGUGCAAAUGUUAGGAAAUGAAUUGAACGCCGCUGCCGGUAAGUUGAGCAGUAUGUCUGAAUUGGCUGAUCAGGCUUUAAAACGAGCUAAAACGGUUUACGAAGAAGCUUUAGGUCUCUACGCUGAAGUUAAUACUACCUUAUUGCCGGAUAUAAAACUCACAAAAUUAUAUCACGAUUCUGUGGAAAUGAACAGAACUAUCGGGGAGAAGUCUGCAGAAUUAGAUCAAUUAAUCGCCAACAAUGAGGAAACACUUCGAGCGAUAGCAGAUGCUGUUCAACACGGUCGAAGUCUGUCGGACCAAGGCCAAUAUCGACAAGAUGAAUUGAACGAUCUUCUUGCGAAGUUAGACGAAAUACAGGCACAGGCAAAGAAUGAUGUUGAACUAACGAAAGCUACACUAAAAGAUGCAAACGAAAUCUAUCAAACUCUGAAAGAAUUUAGUGACCAAGUAACAGAAUCGCGUCAGCUCGCUGAAUUAGCUGCUCUGGAUGUGCCUGAAGUUCAAUCAAAAGUGGCCGCUGCUGAAGAAAGCAUAUCUAGCAUUAUCGAAGAGUUAAAUACGGCUAGUGAUAAGGCUAAGGAAGCCAGAGAUUUGGCGCAGCAGGCUCAAAAAGAGUAUGCUGACAAAGCAUCAGAGGCCGCUCACGAUAUAAGAAAGAAGGCGUCAACUUCUAGAACGGAAGCUGGUAAACUGAGAGAUGAGGCCGAAAAGUUAUCAACUCGUGUGAAGGGAACAGCGCAACAGAUAGAGGAAUUAGAAAAGCACGCCGAAGAAAACAUGCAACUUACAAGGGACGCCAAGAUGAAGGUUGGUCAAGCCAACACAGACGCCAGAGAAGCAGACAAACAAGUGACGAAAGGUUUAGAAGACCUAAAAGUGAUCAUGGAUGAAUUGCAAAACCUACCCACCUUGGAUGAUGAGGCUCUUGAUAGACUGCAAAAAAGCCUCGAUGAAGCAGAAAUGGCGCUCCAGGUCCAAGAUUUGGAUGGAAAGAUUAAAGCUUUAACGGAGGCUAAAAACAAUCAUCAAAGAUGGAUAAAGCAAUAUCAAGACGAGCAUAGCCAACUAAGCGGCGAGGUGAACAACAUAAAGGAUAUUUUAGACCAACUUCCCGAAGGUUGCUUUAAAAGAAUCGUCCUUGAACCAACUGAAGGCCCGAGCAGACCGAUAAACUACAGAUAG